GACACUAUAAAUCUGGCAGCAUCAGGGCACCUCAGUUCAGUUACUACGUCGACUCGUAGCUGUCGGAUAAAGUAACAUUUAUACCGGCCUCAUAAAACGGUCCCGAUUUUUCCUUUUUUUGUGCGUUGUUCCGUCUGUCCAAAAACAUGCGCGAGUGCAUCUCCAUCCACGUGGGCCAGGCUGGUGUCCAGAUUGGCAAUGCAUGCUGGGAACUCUACUGCCUGGAGCACGGCAUCCAGCCGGAUGGACAGAUGCCCAGUGACAAGACCAUCGGGGGUGGGGAUGACUCCUUCAACACCUUCUUCAGUGAGACCGGAGCUGGCAAGCACGUCCCCAGGGCUGUGUUUGUGGACCUGGAGCCCACGGUCAUUGAUGAGGUGCGCACUGGGACUUACCGCCAGCUUUUCCACCCUGAGCAGCUCAUCACUGGUAAAGAGGAUGCUGCUAACAACUACGCACGUGGGCACUACACCAUUGGCAAAGAGAUAAUUGACUUGGUUCUGGACAGGAUCCGCAAAUUGGCUGACCAAUGCACAGGCCUUCAGGGUUUCCUGGUCUUCCACAGCUUCGGAGGUGGUACCGGGUCCGGUUUCACCUCCCUGCUGAUGGAACGUCUGUCCGUUGACUACGGCAAAAAAUCCAAGCUGGAGUUCUCCAUCUACCCAGCCCCCCAGGUGUCCACAGCUGUGGUGGAGCCCUACAACUCCAUCCUAACAACACACACCACCCUUGAGCACUCUGAUUGUGCCUUCAUGGUCGACAACGAGGCUAUUUAUGACAUCUGCCGUAGGAACCUCGAUAUUGAGCGCCCCACCUACACCAAUCUCAACCGGCUCAUUAGCCAGAUCGUGUCCUCCAUUACAGCCUCCCUCCGAUUCGAUGGUGCUCUCAAUGUUGAUCUGACAGAGUUCCAGACCAAUUUGGUGCCCUAUCCCCGAAUCCACUUCCCUCUGGCCACAUAUGCCCCAGUCAUAUCUGCAGAGAAGGCUUACCAUGAACAGCUUUCUGUGGCUGAGAUCACAAAUGCCUGCUUUGAGCCAGCCAAUCAGAUGGUGAAAUGUGACCCACGUCACGGCAAGUACAUGGCCUGCUGCCUGUUGUACCGUGGUGACGUGGUGCCCAAAGAUGUAAACGCUGCCAUCGCCACCAUCAAGACCAAACGCACCAUCCAGUUUGUGGACUGGUGUCCCACUGGUUUCAAGGUUGGCAUCAACUACCAGCCCCCCACUGUGGUACCAGGUGGAGAUCUGGCUAAGGUCCAGAGAGCCGUGUGCAUGCUGAGCAACACCACAGCUAUUGCAGAGGCUUGGGCCCGCCUUGACCACAAAUUCGACCUGAUGUACGCCAAACGUGCCUUUGUGCACUGGUACGUGGGUGAGGGUAUGGAGGAGGGAGAGUUCUCUGAAGCCAGGGAGGACAUGGCUGCCCUGGAGAAGGAUUAUGAGGAGGUGGGUGUUGACUCCAUUGAAGGGGAGGGGGAAGAGGAGGGAGAAGAAUAUUAAGCUAGUCAAUCACUGUUGCAUGCUUAUCAUUGGUCAGAGGUUUGCAUAUCUCAGCUUAUAUUAGCGUAGGAAACUGAUAGCAAGUACUGUUCACAUAUGAUUAUGUGUUGUCUUUGGUACCAAAAUGGUAAACGAAACGUGCCGUGGUUGUGACUGGAGACAUAACAGCCUUUAAAUGUUGUUCUUUGUCUCCACCUCUAAGUGUUUUACACCUUUUAGCUGUCUGUCCUUCUGACUGCGAUAUGCAAUAAAUUAUUGAAUUUA